AUGUCAACUCCAUCAAAUGCAACUGUUGGUACAACGAAAAAUGACUCGAAUACCGGUGGACCAGCAGGUCAAAAAAAUUUAGGACAAGAUGGAGCUGGUCAACAGCAUCAUGCAGGUGGAACAAGCGGUAAUGUUGAUCAACAUAAACAUGAUGAUAAAUGUGGUGGUAACUGUAACAAAGGUAGUGAUAAACAUGAUAGUAAACAUGGUUUCACUUGUGAAUAG